GCGCGUGAGCGCGCCGUUGGUGAUUGUUCCCUCAUCGGAAAAUAUAAUUUCACCAGAUUUACAGAUAGGGAGAGGGGGGGGAAGAAAAAAACCCUUCCUGAGAAAAGGUUUAAAACAAACUCCUGGGUUAGCGAUCUGAAACUGUGGUAUUUUCUGAGGUAACGAGGGUUAAUUGGUGCUUUUUUUUGAUUUCUUGUCGCAGAGCCGGAUUUUUGUUUGGUGGCGGAUCCCCCGAGAGGGAGAGACCCCGCAGAAUUGUCUCGUUAUUUAUUAUUAUUUUUUACAAAAACCCUGUUUCUCUGUCGCUUCACCUUAUCCGGGGAUACACAGUCCACCUCCCGGCUUGUUUUGUCGGCUGAAGUUGUUUCUUUGCCAAGUGAGUGAGUGUGGAGAGCGGGAGAGGGUGGUCUCUCUCUCUGGGAGACGGAGACUUUGGGAAAAGCGGCUUCGAGGGAAUAAAGCGGCGGCAGGAACCUGUCCACAAUGAGUGAACAAAGCAUAUGCCAGGCGCGGGCUGCUGUUAUGGUGUACGAUGAUGGCAAUAAGAAGUGGGUACCAGCUGGUGGAGCAACUGGGUUCAGUAGAGUACAUAUUUACCACCACACAGGCAACAACACGUUCCGAGUAGUGGGGAGAAAAAUUCAGGACCAUCAGGUGGUGAUAAACUGUGCCAUUCCGAAGGGACUGAAGUAUAACCAGGCCACACAGACCUUUCAUCAGUGGCGAGAUGCCAGGCAGGUGUACGGUCUGAACUUUGGUAGUAAAGAAGAUGCCAAUGUGUUUGCAAGUGCUAUGAUGCAUGCCCUGGAAGUUCUAAAUUCUCAGGAUUCAGGUCCAACGCUGUCACGACAGAAUUCACAACUAUUUCCACAAGUGCAGAAUGGGCCAUGCCAAGAAGAACUGGAAAUUCAGAGGCGACAACUUCAGGAGCAGCAACGGCAGAAGGAACUAGAAAGAGAACGCUUGGAGCGUGAGCGAAUGGAACACGAAAAGUUGGAAAGGGAAAGGCUUGAACAGGAACAGGUAGAACGUGAGAAACAAGAGAGAGAAAAACAUGAGCGUAUGGAACAAGAAAGACAGGAACGAGAAAGACAAGAAAGAGAGGAAAUGGAACGGCAAGAAAGAGAGCAACAAGAACAGCUUGAGAGAGAACAGCUAGAAUGGGAGUUGGAACGAAGGAUGUCGUCUGCUGCCUCAUCUUUUGAAUACAACACACCACCUCCUGAAUAUAGUAGCUGUCAGCCACCUUCAAUUCCUCCCCCACCUUACACAAAAGCUGUGUCUGGUGUCCCUGUCUCAUCAUUCACUCCCUCUUCAUCUGAUUCUGUCUCAGAGUAUGCAUCACUAGCCUCAUCUAAUUCCACCCCACCAACUCCACCUUUACGCCAUUCAGCCUCUCGCUUUGCCACUUCACUUGGUUCUGCCUUCCAUCCUGUCUUACCCCAUUAUGCAACUGUUCCCCGUCCUGUUCAUAGAACCCCUGGACCCCCAUCUCCCAUCAGUGCUCCUCCAUCUCUUCCCUCAGCGCCCAAACCAGUGGUCUGGUCUGCCACUAAUUUUUCCCCUCUUCCACCUUCACCACCUGUGGUUAUAAGCAGUCCACCUGCCAAAGCCACAGGCCCUCGACCAGUUCUUCCUGUUCCAACUCCCAUCCAAAUCCAGAAGCCACCAUCACCUACUGGCAUUAAUGGUUCACCAGAUAUUUUACUCCAGCAAGCCUCAAAUCCUGUUCAGUCUACACCACCACCACCACCUCCUCGUCCUCCAUCUCAUCUGCCACUCUCAGUGGCAUCCUCUUACACCACUCCUGCAUUCUCCAGUACCACUGUCCCUAUGUGUCAGCCUUCUGUGCCACCACCUCCCUCUAUAGUCACUCCUACCUCCCCUAAGCAGCCUGCCUCUGCUGAGAACUCUUUCUUUUGGCUGGGAGACUCCUCGGCUCCUGAGCCGAUCACCCAGGCACCCCCUCAGCUGGCUGAACCUACAAUUCCACAGGGUAUUGCCCCAACAAGCGACAGUGUACAAGGACCACCAGCCCCUCCACCUGCACCCCCUCUUCCUCCUGGGCCAUUGCAGCUACCAAUAUCAGGACCACCACCGCCACCAGUUCCACCACCUGCACCUCCACUGCCAGCAUCAGGACCACCGCCUCCACCUGGACCACCACCACUUCCAGGGCAAACCUUACCUCCUGCCCCACCUCUUCCUCCUGCCCCACCUCUUCCCUCUUCAGGUUUUUCAUCAUCCUUGGUUGAAGAUGAUCGUCCAUUGACAGGAUUAGCAGCUGCAUUGGCUGGGGCAAAACUCAGAAAAGUGGCCCGGACUGAUGAAGGCUCAAGUUCUGUAAUGGGCAGCAUUGGUUCAGUGUCUACUCCUAAAUCGGAGUCCUCACGGAGUAAUGGAGCUCCAAUUUCUAUAGGAGGUACUGGUCUGAUGGAAGAAAUGAGUGCCCUGCUGGCCAGGAGGAGGAGGAUCGCUGAGAAGGGUUCAGUUCCUGAACUAGAUGCAAAAGAGGAGAAGAAUGAAGAAUCUGAAUCUUCAAAUAUGAAAGCCCCAGUUGCAGCAACCACAUCAGAAACAACUAGAAAGCCUUGGGAAAGAUCAAGCACUGUAAAUGGCAAUAAAUCGCCAGUAAUAUCCAGACGAGAUUCUCCGUGGAGAAAUCAGCUGAUCUCUGACAAGUUCUAUGAUACAUUAAACAGAAGCAAAUCUGCAUCAAGUGGCCCAGCAAAUACUAAUGGUGUGCAGGCAGAAUUCUUGGAUUAUGACAGAUUGAAACAGGAUCUCUUGGAAGAAAUGAGGAAAGAACUUCAGAAACUAAAAGAAGAGCUUAUCAAUGCAAUCAGACAGGAACUGAGUAAAUCCAACAAUGCGUAGACAACGUAGCAAAUGGAAUUGACCCUUUAAUUAAGAAGUGAUGACAAAUGACAGUGAGAGGGUGAUGAGAAAAUGACAAGACAUCGAGCAAAAAAUGGGAGGGAAGAGCUCUCCCAUGUUCUGCAGUUGGAGAUUUUGCGGGCAGCCUCAUCACACCGUUGUGCUUUUCUUUAUUUUUCCCCCUCACUGCUUGCCGCUUUUUCUGACUUUUUUUCUCAGAGGAAGAGAGUCUUCUUACUGUAAAAUUAUGCAAAGUUUCUUAAGUCUGUUGAAAUCUAAUCACAGUGUGCUGAGAAGUCACAUAAAUUGAAAGAAAAAAAUUUGCACAACAAUUGUGUUUCUUUUCAUUUUUUUUUCCUCUAGGAGGUGGCUUAUAAUUUGAGCACAAAUCUUGGAGACAGCUAACUAUUGAGCAGUUAAUGCUACACCUUUCCCAGGAAUGUGAUCUCACCUGAAUGGGAAUGGCGAAGUUUAUACAUAUAGGAAGAUGCAUUGAAUAUAAAAGCCUGGCAGAAUGUUAUGUGCCUGUAGUGAAGGUGUCCUGGGAUUAUGUUUUUUUUUAAUAUUCAAAGCAUUGGCAGUUCACAGGGUUUAAGGAUACAGAGAUGCCUUCCUUAGUUUAUUAUCAUGAUAAUGCUUUACCAAAUCAAAGACUUGUCUGUUAAUCCAAUCAAUAAUGUAAGUUAAUCAGUGCAGUGUCUGUAAUCAUUUUUUCCCUGAUUGCGCAUGUUGAGAUGUAAUUCUUUUUAUAGAUCAAAUUUGUCUGUAAAUUCGUGUUGUAUCCCAUUCUAUCUGAGCAAUAGUCAAUCAUGUUAAUUUUCCAUCCAGUUGCCUUUUCUCAUGUAGGGCGUGGGGAGAGAGUGAAGCUGAGCAAUCUGACACAAUGUUCUCGUGUGGCUCACAUCUAUAUAUUCUGAUAAACCUUGUGCAUUUCUGCACACAAUUAGUUUUUCCAAUCAGUUUUCAUAAAACUAGUAGAAAAGAAACACUUCCUAAUGUCUAUUGUUCAUGUAUUUUUGCUUGACAAGCAGAUGUGAUUCAAAAGUACCCACGAAAGGAUAUUGAACAAUUAUGGGUAUGAUUAUAGAGAUCCUUUAAUUCCUAAUCAUUGGGUAGAGUCCUGAGCAUUGGUCUCCUUUGUAACUGCAAGUUCAGACAAUGUCCACCUCACAAAGUCACUUGCUGCUAAGAUGGAACACUUUGUUUCCACUAUGUAUUUUUUCCAGCAGUUUAGAGACCCUGUGAAGCAGGUGGGUUUCAUAGCAGGCCCAUGGUAUGUUUUCCACCAAAAUCCCCAUCCACCAUAUCUGCAGGUAGCUUUGGGACAUGUUUGCUAUCUUUUCUGGGAUACUGAAGGAGUCCUGUUCCAUUUGUGUAUGUAGUUUGAACUGAAGCUAUGCAUAAUGUUUUUUUUGAAAGGAUUUGUAGCUCUGGUCAUGCAUGAGUUUGCAGACUCGCUCGCCAAGCUAGUGUAUUUGAUUUCAGAUGUUUCAUCAUCCUGCUACAUUUCAUUGGAGGUGCACUGACGAUGCUACUAGCAGGGUGAUGAAAAGUCUGCAGUCCAUCACACCAGCUCAGUGAGCAAGUUUGCACCCCAAAGCUGUGCAUAUUAAGCAUGAACAUUGGUUUCUCACUUAGUCUCAUAAUAUAUGAAAAACAAAUUGAUCCCAAAAUUGAACUUUUUUUUAAUGUGGCCUGGCCUUUUUAAACUUCAAUUUUUAGCCUGAUAUGGCCCUCCAGCUUUCACAGUUGGAGUGAUAGGGCAUUGCUAUGAUAUUAUAAUCGUUCUUUGAAGAGGGAGCCACUCCAGAAACAGGCCACCCACUCUAACUAUUUAAGUUGGAUUAGUCCCUGCUGUUUGGGAUAGCACCAACUCCACAUACAUUCUAUGAAGCAGGAUUCUUGAAUUUCAAGUCUGUUACAUUUAGCAAAUUCUUGAAACUGAUUUUUUAUUUGUUGCAGAUAGUUACUAGUGGCUUGCCUUGCCUCCAGCAUUACUCAUCUCUAGUAUCACCCAUCACUUAUGAGCCACAUGACUGUUUCAAGAACCAGAUUUUUUUUUGUUUAAAGAUGGCAUUUUUGCUUUAUAUGCAGCACUCCUUCAGGGACUGUCAUUGCUAUCAGAGUAAAAUUCAUUUUUCUUGCCCAGCGUGGGAAUUAUGAACAGGGUGCUUAAUCUUUUUUUAAAAAUGUCCUUCAGUAAGAUUUUUUUUUGGCAUAUCCUAAAUUGAAAUCCCGUGUUAACUACAGUGUUAACCCAAAAGCUUUCAGUUAAAAAUGUCUAUGUGCGUUAGCAAUUAUUUUCCAAAAAAAGUUAAAUAAUUUCAAUAACAAAAUUGUAUAAACAGCUUUAGAAAUUUUAUAAAAUCUUCAGUUCAUAUCUUGUGGUCCUUGUUCAUUGAAGUAUAGAUAAUAGUUGCCAGUAUAGCUCAGAAUCCUAGUCAGCUGUUGAAUGGUGGGUGAAUGUAGUUGUGUCUUUGUUGUCCAGAUUAUGCUGAACUCAUGGGAUCUAAUGAAAGUUCUAGAAAAGUAAACUUGUGUAAAAGAUAAUGAAAUGGCUGAUGUAAUUGUCAGGAGGAUCAUUAACCACUUAAUUUCAAAGCAUUUUCACUAUGGUAUUCAGAUGUAUAAAAGCAUACUCUUAGACAAAAUAAUCACAAACACUUGUUUUUUACAUUAAGAAACAUUUAAUUUUUUUCUAUAAAGGUGAGACUUUUCCUUUUUGAAAUGUUUAUUAAUUCUUUUCCUUGAUUCAUCUCCAAGUACUCAGAUCAAUAGAUUCAGAAGAAUUUCAAGGGGAAAGGCAUUGGUGAUGUUGUGGGAUGGUCAUCUUCCUUAAAUAAUUUAUUCUUUUCCUAAAUUUCAGUGGAGGUGAUUGGCCUCUGCAUAUUAUCUGUCCACAAAAUGAACUGUGAUAAUUGUGCAGAAGAUAAUCUUGGCCACAGUCCUAAAUUCUAACACCAGGGUAACUUGUAUAUUGGAGUUUCCAGGUGUUAUGUCAGCCAGUGCUUUGAGCUUAAACCAACUCCUUCACCAGAUGAUGGGCAAAGUUUAUUCUGUCAGUUAAAAAUAACUUGGGAAAACUAUUUGUUAAUUCCACACUCUUAAGCAAUCUAGUCUUCCUUACUUGUGGAAAGAAUGUUGUAGUUUGCAGUUCUCAUCCAGUACACUCGUGGAGCAAGAGUCAAAAUACUGGUACAUAGAAUCCCUACAGUUGGAAGCAGGCGAUUCAGCCCAUUGAGGUUCACAUGAUCACUUUUAAUCACAGCUAUCUCACAUAAACUUUUAAGUCAAUAGUUAAGCUAAAAAACUUGCCUUUCCUAUGACUCAACAGAAAUUAGGUAUUCUUGUCUUGUUUAAUUACCUGUGCAGCUAUUCAGAGGAUCAUUGUACCUUAACCAAUAGAUCUGUAUAGAAAUGCUUUUCAAAAAUAGUUCCACCUCAUAUUAACAUGGAAUUUUUUUAAAAAAGCAUUAUUCUGGUUUAGCUGAAAUAAUUUGUCAGAAAGCACACAACACUAGGUUAUAGUCAAACAGGUUUACGUGAAAACACAAGCUUUCAGAGUCUCCCAUAGAUAACACAGUAUGGAGCUGGAGGAAACAGCAAGUCAAGCAACGUCAGAGGAGCAAGAAAGUUGACAUUUCGGGUCGGGACCGUUUCUGAAGAAGAGUUGGGACCCUUAUGAAGAAGUGUCCUGACGCAAAACAUCAACUGCUCCUCUGAUACUGCCUGCCCUCUGUGUUCUUCCAGCUCCACAAUAUCUCUAACUCAAGCAUCUGUAGUUCUUCCUAUCUCUUUUGGAGUCUUACUCCUUCAGGUGUUAGUGAGAGAGGUAGUAUCAGACACAGAAUUUAUAACUAGAAGCUCAAAGGGUCACACCAC